AUGAAGCUCUUCAACUAUUCGCCUGACACUUACAACAUCACCUUGCAUCACCUUCCCCUGGCACUGGGGAAGUGGAAAAAGGGAUUGAAAGAGGAGAAGGAAGAGAGAAGGUCACACUUUGCACACACAGUCAAGCCUUCAUCGCUGAGAUAUAGUCACAGACGGUCAUACAGGCUGGUGCAUAUUAAAGAACGCAGCAGCACCUUUGUAGCCUUGCACAUAGCAGACGAGAUGGAAAUUCAAGAUGAUGAGCAACACGAGAACAAGCAAAAUGACGUGCUUGAUCGGCGACAACACGGUUUCCGUAAGGGACUCCAAAGCAAAGGAUUGGAUCAGUGCACCGGUAACAAGGCAGAGAAGGAAGCUAUAAAACUGAAUUUUCAUCACCGCGUUUUACUGCACAGCGAUUACGUACCUGCCCGGCAAGACUGCAGGACGUGCGGAGACUCCCACCACCUGUUCACUGCCACCGUCUUCGCCCUCCUGGCCUGCGCUGCCUUUGCCGAAGACGAGGCCGUCGAAGGUCGUGGUGGUUUUCUGGGAGGUCCGGGUGUCGUCGGAGGCGUCGGAUAUGGUCCAGGUCUGGUCGGAGCUGGCAACCCGGCUUUCCUUGGAGCCGUCGGUCAUGGUGUCGGCGCGCCCGGCGUGGUUGGUCCAGGCGUGGUUGCUCCUGGUGGCGUAGUUGCACCAGGAGUAGUUGGACCAGGGGUCGCUCCUCUUGGUCUCAUUGGUGGAGUUGGCUAUGGAGGAGUUGGUUUGGGGGGCGCUUAUGGUGCCUCGCACGGAGUUGCGGCCGGUGGCCAUCAGGGUGGAUUCCAGAAGGGAGCCGCUGGUCACGUCCAGGGAUCGGGUGCGUACGCUGGAGGAGCCGCCCACAGGAACGUGCAGGCGUACAACAACCAGCAGGGUUACAGCCACAACUCGGGCUUCUCCGCUAGCGACAGCAAGGCCUUCGGCGCUGGACAGCAGCAGGGAUCAACGGGAUACGUCGGUGGGGCGGCUGGACAACAGGCUGGAUUCGGCAAGACCGCCUACGGAGCCGCCGGUGGCGUCGGUGGCAUUGGCUUUGGCCUGCACGGUUAAAGAGACGACGUUCGGACCCUUCUCGAUCUUGGCACCACUCCUGUUUCGCUCACUGACACCGAUGGGCAUUCACCUGUUUUGUUGUGCAAUAAAUGUUGCAACACCAAAA